UCAACAGUAAAACUAAUCUCUGUAAUCAGAGUACAUUUUUCACUAACACAGUAAUGGACCAUAGUGUAAUACUAAAUAAUUAAUUGCAUUAUAGUUACUUAUAUUAUCUGUGUUAUAAAAGGUUGUUCAGUUGUCUGCAUGCAAGGGCGUAGAUUUGGCAUGGACGGAAGGGACAUGUCCCCACGAAUAUCCAGCGAUUAUUGAAUUGUCCCCACCAAUAAUUUGAUCUCUUCGAGUAAACGAAAAACCCGAUAAAAAGAAAGAAAAAACAAAAACCGAUCUGUCAACGUCUCAUUCACCUAGCGGUGCAGAAAGAGUUAAAUUACGUUCUCUACUGGAGUCCUACAUCAUGUGACAAAUAUGGCCAAUGUGAUUGGCUGUGCCUUUAAGGGAGCUCUGUUUAGUUUUAGCAACAGCAAGCCUGCGCUGCGAGGACCUACAAGGAGGAGAGGAGGAUGGCAGCACAAGGGAAGAACCUGGAUAUAAGAAAGUAUUUUUCAAAGAAACCUGUCAGCAGCAGAGACAAAGUACAGAGACUCCGGGAUGUCUAUGGAGAGUGAGCAGCCCAAAGAUCAUGAUCCAGAUUUUGGUAUUGAACCUGAACCCAUGACAAAAAGUCAAAAGAGGAGCCACACUGAUGUGGAGAAGCAAGUGUCCUGCUGUGCUUUGUGUCACGAUGUCCCAAAGGAUCCAGUCACCACCAACUGUGGACACUGGUUCUGCAGACAGUGCAUCUACCCAUACUGGGGGAAGGCUUCCUCACCAAGAGACUCCUGUCCCAAGUGUGGGAAAUAUUCCAGGACCAAAAGUGGACUACAGUCAGUCAAUCAGAAUACCUCUGUACAAAAUGCCAGUCUUCAGGAGGUUUUAGAUGAACAUAGGAUAAUUAUGAAAAAGACGUGUGAACAAGUGACUGAAAAUAAUGAUGAAACAGGAAGUGGAACCCUCUGUAAGGGGAUCUAUGCAAACUUCUAUAUCACAGAGGAACAGAGUGAAGAGGUUCAUACCCAGCAUGAGGUGAGGCAGCUGGAAAUAGCUUCCAAGAAGAAAGCCAUGCAUGGCACUUCAAUCAGGUGCCACGACAUCUUUGAACCCUUACCUGAACAACAGAAACCCAUCAGAGUCGUUCUGACAAAUGGUGUCGCUGGUGUUGGAAAAACCUUCUCAGUACGGAAGUUCACUCUGGACUGGGCAGAAGGUUUGGAAAACCAAGACAUCAGUCUGGUGUUUCUGCUUUCAUUCAGGGAGCUGAAUCUGGCCAGACAUAAGCCAUACAGUCUUCUGGAACUGCUCCAUCUUUUCCAUCCAACAUUACAGAAGGUCACAGCAGAGAAGCUCGCUGUCUGUAAACUUUUGUUCAUCUUUGAUAGCCUGGAUGAAAGCAGAUUUUCUUUGGAUUUCACCAACAGGAAGCUUGUGUCUGAUAUCACACAGAAGUCAUCAGUCGGUUUCCUGCUGACAAACCUCAUCGAGGGGAAUCUGCUUCCCUCUGCUCUCAUCUGGAUAACUUCCCGACCUGCAGCAGCCAGUCAAAUCCCUCCUACAUAUAUUGACAGGGUUACAGAAAUACGAGGCUUCACUGACGCCCAGAAGGAGGAGUACUUCAUGAGGAGAUUCAGUGAUGAAGAGCUGUCCAGCAGAAUCAUCUCCCACAUGAAGACAUCCAGGAGCCUCCACAUUAUGUGUAGAAUCCCAGUCUUCUGCUGGAUCACUGCUACAGUUCUGGAGCACAUGUUGACUACAGAGCAGAGAGGAGAGCUGCCCAAGACCCUGACUGACAUGUUUUUACACUUCCUGCUCAUGCAGACAAAGAAACACAAAUGCCACGAGGGACAUGAGUCAAGCCAACUGAUGGAGGCUGACAGGGAAGUUCUUCUGAAGCUAGGGAGAUUGGCAUUUGACAAUCUGGAGAAAGAAAACACUGUGUUUUACCAGGAAGACCUGGAGCAGUGUGGUCUGGAUGGCACAGAGAUCAAAUUGUACUCAGGAGUUUGUGCAGAGAUCUUCAAAAGAGAGUGUGUGAUCUUCCAGAUACCAGUCUACUACUUUGUUCAUUUGAGUAUUUGUGAUUUUCUGGCGGCGGUUUAUAUAAUCCACUGCUACACUAACACAAAAACAGAGGUGCUGCAAGGCUUCCUGAGAAAUGGUCAUCAUUAUUAUUAUCACACAGAUUAUUCCACAGAUAUCCCAUCUCUGGAUGGCUUUCUGCGGGCAGCCAUGCAGAAAUCCCUCCAAAGUGAAAAUGGCCACCUAGACUUGUUUGUUCGCUUCCUUCAUGGCCUUUCUCUAGAGUCUAACCAGAGACUCUUAGGAGAUCUGAUAGGACAAACAGAAAUGAUUCUAGCAAUUAAUGAGAGACUCGUAGACCUCGUGGAAGUGAGAAAUGUUAGACGGAUAAACAACCUGAGAAGAUUUAGAGGUCCGCAAGUUCAAAUAGAGAACAGACCUGGAGAGUCAUCAAUCACCCAGAGAGUCAUCAACAAUCUGCAGACAAUAGACAUUUAUAACAUUUCUUCUGACAGAAUGAUCAACAUCUUCCAUUGUCUGAUAGAGAUGAAUGACUUCUCAGUACAUCAGGAGAUACAGGCGUUCUUGAAGUCAGAGAACAGAUUAGAGACAGAGCUCUCUGAGUUCCAAUGCACAGCUCUGGCUUGCAUACUGCAGAUGUCAGAAGAGGUUCUAGAUGAGUUGGAUCCUUGGAAGUACAACACAUCAUGGGGAGGACAAUGGAGCCUGAUUCCAGCUGUGAGGAACUGCAGAAAGGCUCGAUUUUCUGGAUGUCGGCUAUCAGGGACUCACUAUAAAACCUUGGCGGCAGCUCUGAAGUCCUGUCCCUCCCAUCUGACAGAGCUGGACCUGAGCCUGAAUGAGAUGCAGGAUUUACAAGUGGAUAUGCUGUUCGGAGCACUCAAGAGUCCAAAUUGUAGACUGGAGACUCUGAGAUUGUAUGGCUGCAAACUGUCAGAGACCAGGUGUGCUACACUUGUCUCAGCUCUGAAGUCUAACUGCACCCAUGUGAAAAAUCUCGACCUGAGUAUCAACAGCUUGAUGGAUUCAGGAGCAGAACAACUGUCUGACCUUGUGAGGAGCCCACACUGUAGACUCGACACUCUGAGGUUGGAGGAAUGCCGUUUAUCAGAGAUCAGCUGUGCUUCUCUGGGCUCAGCACUGACGUCCAACCCCUCCUAUCUGAAACAUUUGACCCUAAAUAACAAUAAUCUGCAGGACGCAGGAGUGAAGCAGCUCUGUGGUUUUUUGGAGAAUCCACUUUGUAGACUGGAAACUCUGAGAUUGAGGAGCUGCGGUUUGUCAGAGAUCAGCUGUUCUUCACUGGUCUCUGUUUUGAAGUCUAAUCCCGCUCAUCUUAAAUAUCUGGAGCUGAGUGAUAACAACCUGAAGGAUUCUGGAGUGAAGCAACUUUGUGGUUUUCUGGAAAGUCCAGACUGCAGACUGGAACAUCUCAGAUUAAGGUGGUGCAGUUUGUCUGGGAUCAGCUCUGCUCUUCUUGGUUCAGCUCUGAAAUCCAACCCCUCUUAUCUUAAACACCUACACCUGAGUAAUAAUAAACUGAAGGAUUCAGAUGUGGAGCUGCUCUCUGAUCUAGUCAAGAGUCCACACUGCAGACUGGAGUGUAUGAGCUGGAAGUGAAGUUACCAGGGCUAAGAAAGGACAGCAGCAGCUUCUGUUUGGGGAGAUGCUGCAACUGGUCAGUGUUACUGGGAGGUGGAGUGAAAAGCAGAGUUUAAUCCAGCAGUGACUGACAGAGGAAUGAGAAGCAGUGCAAAUGACUGUUAGUGCUGCAGAGUGAGCUGCUGUGGGAAUAGCUCUGCUGUCAGACACAGCAGAGUCCACCAUCAUUCCUAUGUCUCCCUCAGCAGUAUGUCUGGACUGCUCUGCUGCUGCUCUGUCCUUCUACACACUCUCUGCAGACACACACUGACUCCACCCCCUCUGCUCCAUAUUCACCUGCAUUUUAUUUCAUCUAUUUUAUUCAUUUAAAUAUUCUUUAAAAAAGUCUCUGCAGAAUAUUUUUGUUUAUGACACAACACUGAGAAUCAGUGUGCUUUGAACUAGUGUAGGCUGUGGUUAUGGUUGUAGUGUUUUGAGCUGCAGCUUCACCCUGUGGAAUGAUGGGGAACUGCGGUGAAUAUUCAGUUUAUACUUCAGAGCUUGUACAGUGGUGUGAAAAAGUGUUUGCCAUCGCUUUUUCACAUGGGGCCGUGUAGGUUUGAAAUUUUUCCCCCCUUAAUAAUAAACACCUUCAUUUAGAAACUGCAUUUUGUGUUUACUUGUGUUAUCUCCAUCCAUCCAUUCGCUUCCACUUAUCCUUUUCAGGGUCGCGGGGGCGCUGGAGCCUAUCCAAGCUGCCUUAGGGCGAGAGGCAGGGUGCACCCUGGACAGGUCGCCAGUCUGUUGCAGGGCUAACUCAUGAACAGAGACAACCAUUUGCACUCACAUUCACCCCUGCAUUCACAAUUUAGUGUUUCUAAUUAACCCAACCCCACUGUCUAAUAUUUAAAUUUGUUUAACAAUCUGAAACAUUUAAAUUGACAAAUAUCCAAAAAAAUUAUUAUUAUUUUUCCAAUUAGUUUUUAUCUAUAGUCUCUAUAAAUAUGACGACAGCUCUACCAGCAAGUUGAACAGUGAAACGAUAAGAUUCACAGCAGAAGAAAAGGACAGUAUGAAAGCUUGCUUUUUUCAUAUUUAAAAAUUUAUACGACGUCAACUGUUUUAUAACAGGAAAUAAAUAGUUAUAAUAUUGUCAUGGUUACCUGUUGCCUCUUUACUCACAGUUU